AAAUAUGCAUCGUUGGUGCUAGAAUGACUGGCAUGUUUUCGUCUUUACUUUUGAAAAAAGCCGGUAUAAAUGAUAUAACAAUUCUUGAAUAUCAGGAUCGUGUUGGUGGACGUGUUCAUACACAAUAUUUUACUGAUAAUCCUGAUGACGAAAGACGUUUAUAUGGCGAACUUGGUGCGAUGAGAUUACCUUAUAUCAAAGGUCGGCCAGAUCUUAGUCAACAACAAAUAGUCUUUGAUACAAUUGAUUAUAUAAAUGAAUAUAAUAAGAAAGAUAACCCAGAUAGAGAGAUCAAGCUUAUUCUUUUUAUUUUUAGUAAUCCAAAUGCUUUAUAUUAUUUCAACAAUAAAAAAGCUCCAUCCGGUGAAAUUAUGACUAAUAAUUACUCAGAAAGCGCUGGAAUAAAACAAUUAGGAUUACCUGAUGUAAUUCCAGAUAAUUAUCUUAAACUUUGGAAUGAUUCAUUACAACCUUUUUUUGACGAAUUGGAUAAAAAUUUUACAAAUGGUCUCAUAAAUUUAAAACGUUAUGAUCAUUAUUCUGCUUAUUCUUAUUUAAAAGAAGUUUAUCUUCCCAAAGCAUUACCUUCAAAAUCGGCUUACUAUGAUGAAAUUAUUAAUGCUAUUGAAGUGCAAGAAUUAGGCACAGGUGAUUUUCGUCAUUCUAGUUUUGUUAGUGUUGUCAUUGAAAUGUAUACCUUUAGCGACACUAAUUAUGACAUAAGCUGGAGUACCAUCGAUAAAGGAAUGCAACGGUUACCUAAUGCUUUCUUGCCAAUGAUUAAAAAAGAAAAUAUUAAUUUAAAAUAUAGUAGUGAAGUUUAUAAAUUAAAAAAAUCAAAUGAUAGUAAAAUUGAAGUAUUUUGGAAAAUAAUUGUCACUGUUCCAUUAGGUGUCGUCCGUCAUUGGGAUUUACCUUUAAAUUAUUCACUUUCUGGAAAAAUAUUACUCCAAUUCAAAUCACGAUUUUGGGAAAACCCUCCCUCUGAAACUGGUGCUAAUCCUACAACUUCCAACAUUGGAAUUAUUGGUGGUAUCACUUACACUGACCUUCCUAUUCGUGAAGCGGUCUAUCCUUCUGAGGAAGAACGGUUUGAACUCGCAUUAAAAGAUUUAGCAACUAUUCAUGGUGACAUUGUAUAUAAAGAAUGGAUUCCAGGUAAAAAGAAUAAUAAGGCAAAGUACUGGCCUAAUGAUAAAACUACUGGAGGUGCUUUUGCCGAGUUUGGUGUCUCACAAGUAGAAUCUUUAAUGGGUGCCGUUAUGAGACCGGAAGAAUCUAUUCAUUGGGGUGGGGAACAUACUGACAUACAUUGGGGUUGGAUUGCUGGCGCAUUAAAUUCUGGAGUUAGGGUAGUUAGAGAAAUAUUACUUGAAAAUUUAAUGAGUGAUAAAUGGUCCGAAUUGAAGAAUAUGAGAUUAUUAAAAUAUUGGAAUGGAAAUCUCGAUGCGUAUGGAGACAUUGGUAAAUAUCGUCAGGAUGACAAAAUUUCGGAAUCAGAGAUCGCCAUUGUUAUUAUAUCUAAAGGUGAUGGCGCAAAGAGGAUCAUAUAA